CCUCCUCCAAUACCCUCCCUCAACCCCGCGCUAACAAAUCUUGCAGAAACCCAUAAGAAGACGGAGAGCGGAUAAGCAAAACGCCCCUCCCACUACCUCAUCUUCAAAAUCGAUGCUUUUAUUAUUUUUGUUAUUUUCAUUUCACUACUUCGAAAGGAAAACAGCUUCUGGUUAAGACGUUCUUUUUCUCUUUUUCAUUCAUUCAUUCCAUUACAGAAGCUCUGGAAAAUCUCAGUAAGUUUUUCCUUUGUUCCUGAAUAUUAUAUAUAUAUAUAUAUAUUAGUAUUAUUUAUGGUAUUUAUGCACAAGUGAAAAACAGAAGCUCAAUGGGAUAAGCCAGAGUCUGAUCGUGGAUUGCUGCGUUUCACUGACAGACCAACUUUCUUGUUUUUCCCCGGUUGCUCUUUUCUUACAUCUUCUAAGCUACCAAAAGGAAAACACUCAUGGGAGUGAUCAUGGAUUUUGUGGUUCCUACAAAGCAAACCCCUGACGGGUUUUACUCAUUUCAUAAACCUUGUUGGGGGAGUAGAAGAAAGUGUGGUAGAAUUGGAGCUAGGCUUAGUGAUAAGGUUAGUAGUGUGGAAAUUAAUUAUUCAGUGCUCUCCUUGGGCUGCAAUGCUCGGGUUCUUCUUCUGUCUGACACCACUCAGUUUAGAAUACAUGAAGAUUCUUGGAAGCUUAGGCGAAAGCCAGUUCUUGCUGUUUCUAAGUUUGAAACCUUUAGUUCCAAUGGUAAAUUUCAACAUUUUGAGAAAAGUUCUCAUGAUCAUCUGAACGGUACAAGUUUCUCUUCGAAUCGUAUGCAUUCUUCACAGGGUUUUGAGGAAUUUGAGAGUAAUAAUCAGCUUCGGCGAUUGGUGAGAAAUGGGGAAUUAGAUGAAGGGUUUAAGUUUCUCGAGAGCAUGGUUUACCAGGGUGAUAUUCCUGAUAUUAUAGCUUGUACUAGUUUAAUUCGCGGGUUUUGUAAGACUGGAAAGACUCGGAAGGCCACCCGGGUUAUGAACAUUUUAGAAGAAUCCGGUGCUGUUCCUGAUGUUAUAACAUAUAAUGUUCUGAUCAGUGGCUAUUGCAAGUCUGGGGAGAUUGAUAAUGCUUUACAGUUGCUGGAUCGAAUGAGUGUUGCUCCUGAUGUUGUUACUUAUAAUACAAUUUUGCGCAGUCUGUGUGAUAGUGGGAAAUUGAAGCAAGCCAUGGAAGUUCUUGAUUGGCAGUUGCAGAGGGAGUGCUAUCCAGAUGUGAUUACAUAUACCAUAUUGAUUGAAGCAACUUGUAAGGAAAGUGGUGUUGGGCAGGCAAUGAAACUCUUAGAUGAGAUGAGGAAUAAAGGAUGCAAACCUGAUGUGGUCACAUAUAAUGUUCUUAUCAAUGGGAUUUGCAAGGAAGGAAGGUUGGAUGAAGCAAUCAAAUUCUUACAUAACAUGCCAUCAUAUGGUUGCCAACCUAAUGUAAUUACCCAUAAUAUUAUUUUGCGUAGCAUGUGUAGCACUGGGAGGUGGAUGGAUGCUGAAAGGCUGUUAGCUGAGAUGGUUCGGAAAGGUUGUUCUCCUAGUGUUGUUACUUUUAAUAUCUUGAUAAACUUUUUGUGCAGAAAGGGUUUAUUGGGUCGAGCACUUGACAUUUUGGAGAAGAUGCCUAGGCAUGGUUGUACUCCAAAUUCCUUGAGUUACAAUCCGGUGCUUCAUGGUUUUUGCAAAGAGAAGAAGAUGGACAGGGCAAUUAAGUAUUUGGAUAUAAUGGUGUCUAGGGGCUGUUAUCCUGACAUUGUGACUUACAAUACGUUGCUCACAGCGUUAUGCAAAGAUGGGAAGGUUGAUGUUGCGGUGGAGAUACUAAAUCAGCUGAGCACCAAGGGUUGCUCUCCUGUUUUAAUCACCUACAAUACAGUGAUAGAUGGUCUUUCAAAAGGGGGCAAAACAGAACGUGCGAUUGAACUUUUGGAUGAGAUGCAGGGAAAGGGUCUCAAGCCUGAUAUCAUCACGUAUUCUUCACUUGUGGGAGGACUUAGUAGAGAAGGAAAGGUUGAUAAAGCAAUUAAGUUUUUCCAUGACUUGGAAAGAUUGGGUAUCAAGCCCAAUGCUAUCACCUUCAAUUCUAUAAUGUUGGGACUUUGUAAGGCUAGGCAAACUGUUCGUGCAAUUGAUUUUCUGGCAUAUAUGAUAUCCAAAGGAUGUAAACCUACAGAAGCUACAUAUACCAUUCUCAUUGAAGGCAUAGCUUACGAAGGCCUAGCGACAGAAGCCUUGGAGUUAUUAAAUGAGCUGUGCACUAGAGGGCUUGUGAAGAAAAGUUCUGCAGAACAGGUGGCAGUCAGGAUGUAACUCAUGAUGCAUUUUGGUCUUCUGCUUGCAUUGUAGGUCACUGGUAUCUCCUUGGAUUUUGUUAGCCCUCAUUUUUCCAAUACUUUCUGUUUCCUAGGAGUCUAUAUCGUGUUUACUGAUUUUCUCUAAUGAUGAGGGAAAUCCAAAAUCAAUUUUUUCAGUUCAUGUAUCUUUAUCUCCACCCUUACCUAGUGGUACCUUUAUCUCUGAUGAAUGCUUUGUUUUCUAUCAAUUAUUGAGGUUAACAUACUUGUUCUAGUUCUA